GUGCCAGAACAGGAGCUGCGGUUCACCUCAGUGACGCUGUUGGUCCAAAAACCAUUUUAAGUGUUAUUCGACUAGCCUUCUACUCCCAAGUAACAAGUAGGACAAUACUUUCCAUUGUGGAUAGGGCGCUGCAAGCACACGCACCCGCACUUCUUCCAAGCCGCGACAACUCAAGGUGAAUGCCGUCAUGCCAUUUGGGUGCCUUGCCCUGCGAGAUGGGCGAAAUUAUGACACAAUAUCUGAUGUCACAGACAAAUAUGAGUUUGGACAAGUCCUGCGAGCGAAGGAGUUCUGUGAGCUGUGCCUGGCAAAGGACAGACAAACGGACAAGGUGUUUGUCUGCAAGAAAUUCCUCAAGAAAGAUGGCAGGAAAGUCCGCAAGGCUGCCAAGAACGAAAUCAUGAUCUUGAAACUGGUGAACCAUCCAAACAUCCUUCAGCUGAUUGAUACAUUUGAGACCCGGAAGGAAUACUUCAUCAUCCAGGAGCUUGCCACAGGAGGAGAUGUAUUUGACUGGAUUCUGGACCAAGGGAACUACACAGAGAGAGAUGCUUCCAAUGUCAUCAGACAAGUCCUCGAGGCUGUGGCAUACUUACACUCCCUCAACAUAGUUCACAGGAACCUGAAGCUGGAAAACCUGAUGUACUACACAGAAAACAACCAUAACAAAGUAGUUUUGCGAGAUUUCUACUUGUCCAGAUUUGAGAAUGGACCCAUCACAGAGCCAUGUGGAACACCAGAAUACCUAGCUCCUGAAGUGGUGGCUCGUCACCGAUAUGGCCGUCCUGUGGACUGUUGGGCUGUGGGUGUCAUCAUGUUUAUACUCUUAUCAGGUAACCCUCCCUUUUAUGAUGAAACAGAGGAGGAAAACACAGAUCUACAUAACCGCAUCAUCUUCUGUCGUAUUGUUGCUGGGGAUUUUGAGUUUGAUUCUCCUUACUGGGAUGACAUUUCACCUGCAGCUAAGGAGCUUGUCUGUCGUCUGAUGGAAGUGGACCAGAUGCUGAGAAUCACAGCACAAGAUGCGCUUUACCAUGAGUGGAUUGCAGGGAAUGGUGCAUCAGAAAAAAACCUGAAGGAUGGUGUGUGUGCCCAGUUUGAGAAGAACUUCGCAAAAGCCAAAUGGCGGGAAUUAAAGAAAGCAAUCCGUGUCACCACCUUCAUGCAACGGCUGAAGAAUUCAGAAGCACUGAUUGAUAGUUCAGCUGAGGUUCAGGCCAGUGAAGAGGCAGGAGACGGUGAAGGGGGCGUUUCACAGGGAACAAGUGAUGAGGGAGACAAAGGGACCAGUGAUGGUGGGGUGACAUCAAGUAGUGUUUCUUUAGAGGUUACCAUUGAGAGUAUGCCCUCAGGUUUGGACCAGAAUAAAGAGACAGCUAAGGCAGGAGAAAAACAAGAGGAGGUAAAGAUUCACGUAAGCCCAUCUGUAGGAACUUCCCCGUCAGAUAUUGAGGACCCUAUCUGUCAAUCAAAUGCAGUCCCCAGAUGUGCCCUGGAGCAGCCUGACAAGGUUGGUGCUAAGAAAGGAGCAGGUGAUGGAACCAGGAAAAUGGCUGCAAAUUUGGGUCAGAAUAAAGUUGCUCCAGAAUUUAAACAGAUGCCUGCAGUGAGCCCUGAGGCCUCAAAGCUAUUAGACAAUUCUUCGGGCAUUAAUCUUGACAAAAAGCAUAUAUCAUCCUCCCCUGAUCCCAGCAGCAAACGUAAAAUGGCUGCAACGCUUUAUGGCCCUUCACACACAGCAACCACUGUUGCAUCAGCCUCACCAGUGAAGAGACCAGCCACACAAAGUGAGCAUAAGGAUGAGACUGACGGAAGCUGGUGUCAGACACAAGUACCUGAAGCAGUGGCAGAGGGGUCAGUGAGGGCACCAGUUGCUCCAGCAGUGGGGCAGGGUACAGGGGUGGAUGGAGGACUAGGAGUUAGGCUACGGGGUGAUGCUAGUCCAGUAGAUAGGCAGGAUAGGAAUGCCAGAAGAACAGACAGAUACAGUGCUGAGUUUAGUAUAGCCAGGGCAGGCACUACACCAGGACAGGCUUGUUAUGCGAUUGGCAGCUCUGCUAGUUUAGGCCGCCAUGCCACACCAUACAAUCCAGAGGUUGGGGCUGUGGGAAUGGGGAUGGCUGGAAGCUAUGGGAGUCCAUACAGUUCCCUGUAUACGAGUGGAGGAGGGGUAGGGAGAUAUGGAACAGGGCUACCGCACAGUGGGGGGAGCAGCACUUCAAGUGACUGGCAAAUGGACAGUGUGAUCGAGCAGAUAGAAAAGCAAAUGGCUGCAGUGCUGGAGAAAAUUGAGGGAGACAUGCCCUCACUCCUAGAGCAAAUCAGUGACUGUCCUGCUGAGCAACCUCGAGCCAGGAGCACGCAUGCCUCUCCUGCCACCUCUCGUGCACGCCCCUCACAGCGGUCCACAGCUACAGCCACUGUCACUCCUCCACCACUUCCUACCUCUCCCAGACCUGCGUUACCAUCUCUCCCUCGCAUUAGUAUUCCUCCUCCUGCCUAUCCCCCACCAUCUCCACCAACAGAAGCCUCACCCCAGCCUAUGGGAGAGCAGGAAGACAGGGAUGGACACGGGGCUCCUGCUCAUUCCAGCCAGUCACCAAGACCUGGAAUAGGCAGGGGACUAUGAGGCAGGUGUGCAUGAUGCAAUACACAAAGGCAAAAUACCUGGAACACUGUAUUUAUAGUUAAACUUGAGGAUUUAUUGACUGUCUCACCAAGAAGGACUGCCUAAUUGUGCCCAAAAAGAGAAGUUACUAUGGUAUUGUUUGGUUUGACUGUGCAUUCAUAGCAGAUGACUCUAUUUCCCUGACAUUCAAAUACUCACUGGAGUUUAGAGAGAUUCGAGUACUACACCAUUCUGUAUGACAGCUGCAUAGACCAAGAUCUCAAACCCUUGUUAUCCUGAAUCCAGAUUGUGUGCCUAAAUGUUUACCACACAACCACCUCGUAUGGAAAUCCAAGCACUCAGCACAAUUAGCAAAUUAUAAACCUACACAAAUAAGGACAGUGUGGUACAAUUCUCAACUAAUAGUGAAAGAAAACGUGUAAAUAAAGCAUUAUUCCCUAAAAACUGUAAAUACACACACACAAAAAUAGGUACCUAAUUCUUAUUUUUCUCCCAUGCUGUGGACAUCCUCAUAUCCAAAGUGACAUUUACUUUUUUGCAGAGCAGCUCAUCCAAUGAUUUUUUUUCUUACUUUGUAUUUGCGUGGCUAUUUAAUCUGGUGUGAUGCUUGAAGUCACAAAGUUGUAUAGAAAUAUGUUAAAUUGAACUGAUAAAGCCAUUCCACUGGCUGCAGGAAAUUAAAAUUUGUCUCAUUAAACAAUAAAAUUUAAACUUGAACUGUCACACAGUCUUAUGAGUUGUUUCACAUCUAUCAGAGACCUGUGGAAAAAGAUACUGUAUAAAGGCUUUGCAAUAAGACAAAAACACAUACAUUUUCACUCCUUGUUCCAAAGUUCUCCAGAAAAUUUGUUUUCAUUUUCUCCAGUUUUGUCAGCACAUUCAUUUGGUAUUGUCAACUGGACUGUCCUGCCAAUUUUAUCCUUUUUAUCAUAAAUAUGUUCCUCUGAGUUUUCUUCUGCUAUUGGGUGUAUGUAAUGCCAGGUUUUGUGAUUUUCUCCUGAACAAGUCUAGAUCUCCACUAUUCUGUCCCUAUGUAAAA